AUGGAUAUACGAAUGCAGACUAACAAGAGGCCAUUGAAGAAUAGGAGGAGGAGACUAAAGAGUGGGUACCAAGACAAGGUAUGUCAUGCUGAGAUACAGUCACCUUUCGAUAUCGAAGGAUUAGAUUUAGAGGAGUCUCUCUCUUCGUGCUUAACUUUUGCAGUGUGUUUGGACGGAACAUUACCUGGCUAUCACUUGCAUCCUGGGCACGGGGAAGGAGCAAACCGUUGGCUCAUUGAAUUGGAGGGUGGAGGGUGGUGUAACAACAUCAGAACUUGUGUUUACCGAAAAGGGACACAUCGUGGGUCGUCCAAUCUUUUUGAAAAGAAGAUUCCAUUCACUGGAAUACUAAGCAACAAGGCUGAAGAGAAUCCAGAUUUUUUUAACUGGAAUAGAGUAAAGAUUCGAUAUUGUGAUGGGGCCUCCUUUGCUGGGGACAGUGAAGAUAAGGCUACCGGUUUGCAGUUCAGAGGACAACGUAUAUGGCUAGCUGCAAUUGAAGACUUAAUGUCAAGAGGAAUGCACAAUGCAGACCAAGCCCUUCUUUCUGGUUGCUCUGCCGGUGGUCUAGCAUCGAUUUUACAUUGUGAUGAGUUCCAAAGUUUCUUUCCUGGAAGCACCAAAGUGAAGUGUCUGAGUGACGCUGGAUUAUUUAUGGAUGCGGUUGACAUAUCAGGUGGACAUACACUGAGAGAAUUUUUUGGUGGUGUAGUUAGCUUGCAGGGUGUUAAGAAAAACCUGCCAAGCUCUUGUACUGAACAUCUAGAUCCAACUUCGUGCUUCUUUCCUCAGAAUUUAAUUGCCAACAUUGAAACCCCGAUG